CACUUGGUAGAUGUAGCGAUAACCGCCUGUGCGCACGAUGACUUUCGAGCACUCAUGGCGUUCAAUACGACCUCCUCAAGAUGCAAGAGCAAAGCGAAGGACUACCGUUACAUUGCAAAUCGCAAGUUUCCCUUAAGCAGCCCAGGAAAUUGCCAGAGCCGUGAGGCUGUCUAUCCGUCGUCAACAAAGAUAACAAGACGCGGCUUUGCGUCGAUGCCAACAAUGUCACCAGCCUUGCCGACUUGGUCGAAGAGAAGAAAGCGUGCUCAUCACCGACGGAGCUCGCUGCUGUCACUCCUAUUCAAGACGCAAGAUGAAAGUAAGCAGUCGUGGAGAGACUCGGCGAUGUUGGACUCCAGGUUCUUCGACAUCAGUUCGCCGCUGGGGCUCACAAAUCAUGACCGUGUAUCACCAGUCAGCGUGCAACACCGACCGCCACACAGGCCUGCAGAACUGUACAGGGUACUUUAUAUUGCGGCCAUACUCACCACGUGUGAGCUGACUUCGACCAAUACAGUGUGAUAUUCAUGCAGCCGAUGCGGCGGACUUCAGUGCAGCCGAGCAGGAAUGCAAGCAAAUCAUCAUCGAAGCUGGAGGACGCAUAGUCAAC